AGUAGGCGGGGCUCGGUAAUGACUUAAAACGGCGCUGCGCUGAGAGCCGAGAGACGCCAGCUUCAGCAGCAGCCAGCAGGAUCCGCUGUCGAAGCGGCGACUUUGGGCUUUCUCUACUUUCUCCCCUUGGGCAGGGAGCGAGCUUCUCGUCGCGCAUAGCGCAUCGCGUACCGCCGACCCCAGUGCGAAGCUGAGCGCGGAGCCGAGAGGGCAGGCAGCGGCAUGGCCAAGACCACGGCGAUCGGCAUCGACCUGGGCACCACCUACUCGUGCGUGGGGGUGUUCCAGCACGGCAAGGUGGAGAUCAUCGCCAACGACCAGGGCAACCGCACCACCCCCAGCUACGUGGCGUUCACCGACACGGAGCGGCUGAUCGGGGAUGCGGCCAAGAACCAGGUGGCGCUGAACCCGCAGAACACGGUGUUCGACGCGAAGCGGCUGAUCGGCCGCAAGUUCGGCGACCCGGUGGUGCAGUCGGACAUGAAGCACUGGCCCUUCCACGUGAUCGGCGAGGGCGACAAGCCCAAGGUGCAGGUGAGCUACAAGGGGGAGACGAAGGCCUUCUACCCCGAGGAGAUCUCGUCCAUGGUGCUGACGAAGAUGAAGGAGAUCGCCGAGGCGUACCUGGGCUGCCCGGUGAGCAACGCGGUGAUCACCGUGCCCGCCUACUUCAACGACUCGCAGCGCCAGGCCACCAAGGACGCGGGCGUGAAGGGGAGACGAGCCUUCUACCCCGAGGAGAUCUCGUCCAUGGUGCUGACGAAGAUGAAGGAGAUCGCCGAGGCGUACCUGGGCUGCCCGGUCAGCAACGCGGUGAUCACCGCCUCACACUGGUAUAAGAAGGACGAGAAGCCUUAG